GCUGACGGGCAGCUCGGCGGGCCCCUGCCAGCCGGCCGCGGAGGGGCAUGCCUGCACUGGGGGUCCGGCCGCGCCGGGGAGCGGGGCCGUGCCGUGCCGUGCCGUGCCGUGCCGUGCCGUGCCGUGCCGUGCCGUGCCGUGCCGUGCCGAGCCGAGCCGAGCCGAGCCGUGCCGUGCCGUGCCGUGCCGAGCCGAGCCGAGCCGAGCCGUCAUGGGGGUGGAGAUCGAGACCAUCUCCCCGGGAGACGGACGGACAUUUCCGAAGAAGGGUCAGACGUGUGUGGUACACUACACAGGGAUGCUACAGAAUGGAAAGAAGUUUGAUUCCUCCAGAGACCGAAACAAGCCUUUCAGGUUCAAGAUUGGCAGGCAAGAAGUCAUUAAAGGAUUUGAAGAAGGCGUUACACAGAUGAGCUUAGGACAAAGAGCAAAGUUGACCUGUACACCUGAGAUGGCCUACGGAGCCACAGGCCAUCCUGGCGUCAUCCCUCCCAAUGCUACUCUCCUCUUUGACGUGGAGCUUCUCAGGUUAGAGUGAACCUUCUUGAGGGAGCUGGCCGGAGACAUCUGUCAAUAAUCAUCCAUUCUUUCUCCCCUUCCCCACAGUAGGAGAAGUCUUCACUGGGAUCCUAAUCUUCCCUGCUCAAGCUGUCAUGUCAAUAGCGCCUGCCCUUAGGUCCUUACACCUUCUUUCUCGUCUUUUUUUAAACUUUGUGGUGUCUGUAUUUGCCUUUUAUUAGAAGCUUUGUUUUGAGAAAAAUGCCUACCAUUGUAACAUUUUCAAGUUGUACAUUUUAUUUAAUUUGCAUGUAAUAAAAAUUCACAGUGACGAUUGAAAAUAUAUAUAAAUAUAAAUAUAUAUAUUCCUUACUGAAAAACCACUGCCUUACUGUACACUUAAACCAAGAAAAAACAAAAAGGUGCUCAAAAAAUCCAAUGUACGCCUUGUACAUGAACGGGCAUUAGCCAAAAAGAGUUACCUGCGCUGCCACUUUUCUCAACUUGUACGUUCUGCUUGCUGCUGUUUUGAAAAAUACUGUCUCAUUUAAAAAUUAAAAUAUAUAUAUAAACAAUAAAAUCUUGAUACUUUACAA